AUGAAAUGUCUCCUGGACGAUGUUACUCAUUUAAGUAUCACAGUAGAUAUUUGGACUGAUCGACGGGCCAAAUCGUUUCUUGGCUUAACAGGCCAUUUUAUAGAUUCGAAUUACAUUCCACGAGCUUUCCUUUUGGAUUUUUGCCGUCUAAAAGGAUCACAUACUGGAGACAAUGUUCGGAAUAUGACGGAAAAAACACUAGAAGGACUACAGAUAACACACAAAGUGUACAGAAUCAUUACGGACAAUGCGGCGUCUAUGAUAAAAGCGUACAAAUUUGGUUUAAUAGUUAGUAGUUCUCAUGACAUUCUUAUGAACCAUGAUAAUGACGAAGAAGAACAUUACGAAUCAGUUGAAUCUAGUGAUGACGCUUCGGAAUUUUUACGUCGUUGGACUCUAACCGAUUGUCAUGAAAACGAGCACGAUUCGAAUGAUAUUGAUGGCAACAUUGCAAGCAGAUUAUCCUGCUUUGCACAUAGUCUUCAAUUGACUGUGCGCGAUGGAGUAGCAAAUGUCCAGUGUUUAUCUAAAUGUUUACUCAAAUGUAUCAAGUUAGCCGAAUGGUCUCACAAGUCCACGAAGAUAGCUGAUCUUCUUGAUGAUAUUGGUAAAUCGAUAAGUCAACGUACGGUGACACGAUGGAGUUCAGAAUAUCUUCUAAUGAAAUCAAUACUUAGUCUUGAGAAGGUCAAUGUCGAUGAUAUAACGGAAAUACUCGAAGACAAUGAAGUGAAGUUUAAUAAUAAUGAUUUUAUUGUAUUGCAAGAGGCUGUUGAACUAUUAGAACCAUUUGCUGAAAUUACUGUUCGUGUACAAUCCCAAUCAGUCGUAACUGCCAGUCUUGUCGUUCCGUCGGUGGUACAUUUACUUGACCAUGUGAAUAUGAUGAAGACAAAUUUGAGAAUAUUGAAACCAAUGUGUAUACAAUUGGAGCAAUCUAUCUGUAGACGAUUUGCUGGAAUCGUUAAACGUUUACAUCAACAGAGUGUUAAUACAAAUGAUCGAUUUUCGGACCAUAUCUAUUUCGUUUGCACAUUCCUAGAUCCUGAAUUCAAACUGUAUUGGCUCAGUCAGAUGAAGUACAGUCCAGCUUGUGAAUCAAAGAUGAAGGAAUCUCUCAUUCAAAUGGUGUUAGAUGAAUGCGACUAUGGACAAAAUCGAUCAUCGAAUAAUCUUCCGGAGACAUUAUCAUCAUUUUCGUCAAGGUCUAUUGAUAUGAAUGAUUCGGUGGUUCAGUCGACUAGAACUACAACUAAUAAAAAACGUAAACUUUUCCAAUAUGAUGAUGACAGCAAUGGUUGCAAUGUAUCACCUAAUUCACUUAAAAGUCCCAUGAAUGAGAUAAACGCGUAUUUGAAUGACCCUUUACGUUGCAACUUUUCUCUAUAUUGGAAAAAUUCGCAGCUACACGCUUUAAAGAAUGUAGUCAAACGUGUAUACUCGAUACAAGCAACCUCGGCGCCAAUUGAACGAGUUUUUAGUCGAGCAGGCAUCAUCAUGUCACCAAGACGAACAUCAAUGCGUGAAGAAGUAUUUCGAAAUUUGGUAUUCUUGCGAAUGAAUGAAAGCUUGAUUUAG